AUGGAGGUAUAUUCAGAGCCUCCUCCGCCAUACCGUGAAGAUGACUCCGGGCUCCAGCAAAACAAUGCGAACCCCAGUCAAUUCCGGAUAGCUCGCAAGCCUGUAUCUAGACCAAUUGGUCCUCCCAGUACGUUGAAAGAUGCAUAUAGCUUCCCGGGACCAUCGAGUCGAGCAUUGGGGCCAAAGGAAAUAAAGAGGGAGUUGGAGGAUACAAUCCCAGAUCUUCCUCCUCGACCAGGGCUGUCGUUGGAUACCACCUUGCCAGGCAGUAUCACGGAUUCUGAGCUCUACCUUAUCCCUCUGCAAUCGCGUACUGAAACCACUAUCUCCUCCGCCUCUACUCCAGGUAGCUCUUUAUCUACGAGCAGCUCAAUCCCGACAGUAACAUCAUCAUCUGCGAGCUCCUCUCAAUCAUCCGCCUCGGCCUACGUCCAGAAAGCGUACAAGGAAGCGCGUCACUUCGCUGGUGGUCUGGUAUCACAUCCAUACGAACACACGAAACACUACAGCAUACUGCGGCAUUCGCACGGGCUGGUUUUCUACCAAGGAAGCAGCACAACUCUCGCGGUCUCCAUCUUCGCUGAUGCACCGCUCCCGGCGGACCGCACAAUUUGGUUACAAAGUAAAGGAUGGACUGGCAAGACGGGUAUGCGGGCGAAGGCUUUCGUGGGCCGCAAUAGUAAUUGGCUGAAUGUUACACCAUCUGCUGAGGUUACGCCGGAACAACUGAAGCCAGACAACGAGCGGGCAUGGCAGCGAGAUAUUGCCAAGUUUCGGAAGAAGGCGGAUCGACACGUUAGAGAUCAUUCACUUCGGGAAACAGUCUUGGCUCGAAUUCCGGCAGAAGCUAGAGACGGAUAUUUCCAGCUGGUCCUUUGCACCAGCGACAAGAAGAAGGUGCUGUGCCCGAGCCCGGUGUUCAGGGUUUUAUCAGCAUCUACCAGCCCACAUUCGAUCAAAGGAGCGAGUUUGAGCAGCCUACCUCUCGAGUUAGGGGCUAUG